AUGGCCAUCACUGUCUCUGUCAUCCUCGGCUCGGUUCGCCCCGGUGCACCUCAUCGACCCGUCGCGCUCGACGUGCCGCUCUUUGGCACGCGCUUCGACUACAUUCCGGAAGCCGACCGGUCGCCGGCGCUUGUCGAGCUGCACGCCAAGUUUACGGAGAGCGAUGCGUUCGUCGUCGUGACGCCCGAGUACAACCACACGUUCUCGCCCGUCAUUUCGUCGCUCCUCAACUACUUUUACCACAACGAGUUUUACUACAAGGUCGCCGGCAUCGCGUCCUACACGAUGGGCCCGUACGGCGGCGUCCGCGCGGCCAUCCAGCUGCGCCCGUACCUCGGCGAGCUCGGCUUGAUCACGAUCCCCAAGAUCCUUCCGUUCCCGGCCAUCCACGCGCUUCUCAACGAAGACGGUUCGGUCACGGCCGGCGCGGCGGGCGCCGACUCCUUGGCGGCCGUGAGCAAGGGUUUCUUCCCCGAGCUGCUCUGGUACGCGGCCAACCUCAAGGCCGGUCGCGCUGCCGGCACGCCCUAA